AUGGAUAUUCCUAAUGAUAUUCAAGGUUUUGAUGGUGAGGCCAUAAUGCAAGUGGAAGAGCUGAACUGGAUACCACAUGGUUACAAAUUCCAGCCUGAGGACUUUGAAUUGAUUGAGUACUAUUUGAAGCCUAAAAUUAAUGGUGAUACCUUGAGAUUAAUUCCUGGUAUAAUUCAUGAAGUUGAUGUCUAUACAAGUCCACCCCACCAUCUCAAUGAUAUAUAUAAGCAUGAAGGAGAACGAUACGUGUAUUUUUUCACUCCAAGAAAUCGGAAGUAUUCAAAGGGAAGUCGUCCAAAUCGUGUUGUUGGAGAAUUUGGUUUCUGGAGGGCUACCGGAGCAGAUCGUCUAAUACGGCGGAACAACGCCGUUAUUGGAUCUAGGAAGUCCUUGGUCUUUUAUGAAGGCAAGCAUAAAGAACCAGUGAAGACCAAUUGGCACAUGCAAGAGUUCACUCUAAAUAAAGAGAAAAAUAAUCAUCAAAAUGUGAGUCUUGUGGCGAGUUCAGAUGCAUCUACAUGCAAGUUCGAUGAUUGGGUUCUUUGCAAAAUUUAUCAAAAAAAGUGUCAAAAGGAAAAUUCGGAAACUGAAGAAGUGAAGAAACAUGAAGUGGCAACACCCACAGAAGAAGUCAUUGCUCUAGAGAAUCAUCCAGUUCAAAACCAUGAGUUUCAACAAGAUCAACAAAUGGACUUAUCUUCUUGUGCAAUCAUAGAGGAUAAACAUAGAUCACCGUUCCCAAUACCAUCAUCGUACCAAAUUCCUAGUCUUCCUCCUCUUCCUCCAUCACUAGAUCAUGAAAACUCAACUUUUCCUCCUUUUUCUAACUCAUCUCCACCAAAUGAACUUGUGAGUUCGCUUCCAAUGCUAUCAUUGUACCAAAUUCGAAGCCUUCCUUCUCUUCCUCCAUCACUAGAUUAUGAAAACUCAACUUUUCCCCAAUUUCCUAACUCAUCUCCACCAAAUGAACUUGUGAGUUCGCUUCCAAUGCUAUCAUUGUACCAAAUUCCAAGUCUUCCUCCUCUUCCUCCAUCACUAGAUUAUGAAAACUCAAUUUUUCCUCCUUUUCCUAACUCAUCUCCACCAAAUGAACUUGUGAGUUCGCUUUCAAUGCUAUCAUUGUACCAAAUUCCAAGUCUUCCUCCUCUUCCUCCAUCACUAGAUUAUGAAAACUCAACUUUUCCUCCUUUUCCUAACUCAUCUCCACCAAAUGAACUUGUGAGUUCGCUUCCAAUGCUAUCAUUGUACCAAAUUCCAAGUCUUCCUCCUCUUCCUCCAUCAUUAGAUUAUGAAAACUCAACUUUUCCUCAUUUUCCUAACUCAUCUCCACCAAAUGAACUUGUUAAUUUUGAUGCAGCUAUGGAGCGCAUGGGAGAUGCUGGACUCGAAUUCGUGGCUUGGAACUCUCUUGGUGAGGUGCUUGCGGCUGGAUGCUCCUCCAUUGGCAUGGUGAUAUCUCAUGUUGCGGCGGAAGCCACUUGCAUGAGGUGGACUUUGGGCUUGGCUAGGGACCCUGGUUUUCGUCGGAUUGUGUUGGAGACGGACUGUCUGACGUUUUUUCAAGCGUGGAAACGGGGGGGUGUUCUAUUCUAG